UCUGGGGCACUUUUGGACGCGCCGCAGGGCAUGACGCCGCAGACGUGAGCUCCGUGGCCUGGGGACGGCACUAGGAUGUAGGAGUGAGCUCAGCCGAGCUUUGGCGUCUAGGGAAGCCUUGUUAUUUAAGAAUGGAAGAGGAUACAGAUUUUAGAAUAAGGUUUAGUUCUUUAUGUUUCAUUACUGAUCAUGUCGGAUUUCAUGGCACCAUAAAAAGCUCGCCAAGUGACUUUGUUGUUAUUGAGAUUGAUGAGCGGGGACAGUUAGUUAAUAAGGCCACUGAUGAACUUAUUUACAAGAUGAGUAAAGGACUGCCUGAGCCAAAUAAUUUUGCCAAAAAAACCAAACUAGGUCUGCAAAAUUUAGUCUUUGAAGAGGGAAGCAACCAGAAAGUCAGUAUAUUGGUCCGGUGCUCCGAUGAUGACCAGAAUCAUCAGUCUGGUUCAGAAAAGGAAGAUGCUAUCCAUGAUGGAACUUCCAAAGGUGAAGAAGAAAGAGUUUAUGCAUUAGGCUCUUUGUUGGAUGAAAAAACUAAUGAACUACUGGAUCAGUUUGCCUGUGAUAUAAAAGAGAAAUGGAAUUCUGAAAGUGAGCUGACUGGACCGUCUCCUGAAUUCUCACUGGGCAGAAUCCUUGACAAAAACCGGAGGGCGAUUUUGCAUAGUGCUAUUCGGCAGAAGUUCCCUUUUUUAAUAACUGUAGGAAAAAACAGUGAAAUUGUUGUAAAACCAAAUCUUGAGUAUAAAGAACUCUGUCACUUGGUAUCUGAAGAAGAAGCAUCUGACUUUUUUAAAUACUUGGAUGCAAAGAAAGAAAAUUCCAAAUUUACCUUUAAACCUGAUACAAACAAAGACCACAGAAAAGCUGUUCACCAUUUUGUCAACAAAAAGUUUGGAAACCUUGUGGAAACCAAAUCUUUUCCUGAAGCUAAUUACAAUGCUGGUAAUCCAAAUACAGUGAUAACGGUAAGAUUUCGUGAAAAAGCACACAAGCACAGGAAAAGGUCUGUUGAAUCCCAGGAAAGAAAAGUUAUAUACACAGCCUUUACCCUACAAAAAGAAAAUCUAGAAAUGUUUGAAGCAAUUGGUUUUUUAGCUGUCAUACUUGGUGUGAUUCCUUCAGAUUUUAGUUACGCAGGCCUUAAAGACAAGAAAGCCAUCACCUAUCAAGCAAUGGUUGUUAGAAAAGUGACUCCAGAGAGGUUGAAAGAUAUUGAAAAAGAAAUUAAAAAGAAAAGAAUGAAUGUGUUUAAUAUUCGGUCUGUAGAUGAUUCCCUUAGACUUGGUCAGCUCAAAGGAAAUCACUUUGAUAUUGUCAUCAGAAAUUUAAAAAACCAAGUAAAUGAUUCUGCAAACCUGAGAGAGAGAAUUUUGGAGGCAAUAGAAAAUGUUAAGCAUAAAGGGUUUGUGAAUUAUUAUGGGCCGCAGAGAUUUGGGAUAGGAAGGAAAGUUCACACAGAUCAAAUUGGAUUGGCUUUGCUGAAGAGUGAAAUGGUGAAGGCUGUAAAAUUAUUUCUUACACCAGAAGAUUUGGAUGAUCCUGUAAAUAGAGCAAAGAAAUAUUUUCUUCAAACUGAGGAUGCUAAAGGCACACUUUCAUUGAUGCCAGAAUUCAAAGUUCGAGAGAGAGCAUUGUUGGAGUCACUGCAUCGCUUUAGCAUGACCGAGGAGGGUUGUAUCCAGGCCUGGUUCUCCUUUCCUCAUUCUAUGCGCAUUUUCUACAUUCAUGCAUAUAGCAGCAAAAUUUGGAAUGAGGCCGUAUCUUACAGACUUGCUACCUAUGGAUCAAGAGUGGUGGAGGGUGAUUUGGUCUGUUUGGAUGAAGAUGGUGAUGAUGAGCAAUUCCCAAAUAAUAAAGUUCACCUAGUAACUGAAGAAGAGGAAUCGGCUAAUGCAUAUGCAAUACAUCAGGUGGUUCUUCCAGUGCUUGGAUACAAUGUUCAGUACCCAAAGAACAAAGUAGGGCUGUGGUACCAGGAAGUACUUAGCAGAGAUGGACUACAGACAUGUAGGUUUAAAGUACCUACUCUGAAACUGAACGUUCCAGGAUGCUAUAGAAAGAUUUUGAAACAACCCCACAAUCUGUCAUACCAACUAAUAGAAGAACAUGAUAUUGAUGUCAAAGCAGAAGGUUCCCACAUUGAUGAAGCGACUUUAUCUCUUUUGAUUUCUUUUGAUCUUGACGCUUCAUGUUAUGCUACUGUUUGUCUGAGGGAAAUAAUGAAGCAUGACUUUUAAAACCAGUAUCCUUGAUAUUCCAUGUAUCUGUCAUUCUUCAAAGGAAAGGGAGCUAAAAUUUGUUUGAGCAUCUGCCAUGUGCUAGGAGUUUUAUAAUUGUUAUCUCCCUUAGUUAGGCAAUAUCCCAAUAAAGUAGGAAUUUGCUACUAACAUUCCAGAAGACAUAUAAGCUAGUAAGUGUCAGGGUCUGAAUUGAAGACUCCAAAGCCUGUGCUUCUUAUCUAUUAUCUGACAUUUCAGUGACCUUUAUUGUGUUAUAAAAGUUGCAAUCUUUCUGGACUAUGGAGAGCAUAUAUAAUACUGUAAGAUAACAGUUAAAGAAUGCUUUUAGAGUAAUGUUUCUAUCCUUUAGCUUCUUGCUUAGAAUAUAAAUGAAACCAGAUUGUAAUGAAAGCAUGUAGUUGGAGAUAAAGAUAGAUGAAUCAUUUUGUUAACUGCUAUUGUCAUUCUUUCAUAUUUGAAAUUAUUGAUCAGAAAAAUACAUCAGGGAAAUGUAAUCCCUGUAUGAUAGCUACCUCAGGGUAGUUUACCCUUUUAUGAGGUAAAUAAUCUUCAAUGAAGAUUGAAAUAAAUUUUUUAUACAACUUCUUUAUCUUGUCAUACAUUGACCCACCCCUUUCCUCCUCCCCCCAUUAUCUAAGCGUAGAUUUUUAGAGUCAGGCAGAUCUGGGCUGACUCCAUGCCUGACACUUACUAGUGACUUUGAGUAUGUUACUGAUUUUUUUUUUUUUUUUUGAGGCUCACUUAAAGAAUCAAGAUAGCACCAAUCUCCUCAGCAACAAAUAAUUGGAUUAUCUCUACCUUUUAUGUUGCUAGAGGAAGAAAACAUUUGGCCCACUUAAAAAUUUAAAUAUUUGUUAGGUUAACUAUUUCAUAUCAUACUAGUAAACCAUUGCUAACCACUUUAUAUUAAUAAAUUAAAUUUAGGGGGAAAUAGGAAGAUCCGAGCAGUCUCUAAUUUCUGGUAACUUUAUUUUAUUUUUUUAAAAUAUAUUUUAUUGAUUUUUUUAAAGAGAGGAAGGGGAAGGAAUAGAGAGUUAGA